AACAACACAGCGAAGCGACGGCUGAUCACGCACCACCAACGCACCACCGCACCACCGCACCACCAACAGCACCUGCAACCCAAACACCUCGUUCUACCUGCCCCCCAAAAUGUUAUCCAACUUUAGCCGCUGCCUAAUGCUGGGAUUUGUUGUCAUUCUGUUGGAAUUGAGCUCAGCAGCUCCACCUGUGCGUUCUCCACACAAGAUUGUGGAGGAGGAACCCGAUCAAGUGGAGGGCAGAAGUGGACGUCUAUUGGAUCACUUCAAUCAUCGCUAUCCCGAUGGCAGCUACGAGUUUCGCUUCGAGCUGGACGAUGGCACAGCGCGCUAUGAACGCGGAUACUUUGCCUAUGUGGAUGAAGUGAAGACCUUAAUGGUCGUCGGUUAUUACUCGUAUCGCAUGCCUGAUGGACGCUACAUUACCGUCUUCUACAAUGCGGAUCAGUUUGGAUAUCGACAGAAUCAAUCCAUAACACCUGAAACCUAUCCCAAUUUGCCGCGCUCCAUUGAGGUGCCCGUGUUCAAGGAGGCGACGACAGCUCAGCAGCAGCCACAGCAACAACAACAGCAACAGCACGCUCAAAGCCAGCGUUUGCAACAGUCAAGCAUAUCCUCCACAUCCUCCUCCACAGCCACAUCCUCGUCCUCAUCCUCGUCCACAUCCUCAACGUCAACAUCCUCAUCGACUUCGCCUAGAGCUCCCAAUCGUAGGGGCCGCUACUGAGAUCUGGUUGCCCUAUAAUUAAAGGCUGUCUUUCUCCCCCUUUAUAUAUAUAUCUAUAUAUUUUUUUACUACUCUUAUAUUGUAUUAUUAUGCUUUUAAAAAGUGAUUUUCCAUUUUUUUUUAUAUAUUUUUUUGUUGCAAUGAAAAGGAAUUAAAAAAUAAUAAAAAUUUAUUAAGG